CCUCACACAAUCAACAUCGCGCAAUCGAAUAACAGCUCCAAUCAGGGUUGCAGAAAACAGCCAGUCAUUUUAGUUCCUGUCUAACGGCUCACGGUACAUGAACACGAGGCUGUCGCUAUUCCUAGAGAUCCCUGACAGGCACAUUGUCGUGCAGUAUGGGCAAAGAAUGCGGUGGAUACGAAUGAACCGGUGAAUCACGAUCGCGUCCUUCAGCCACAAGAUGCGCCUUAUGCCGGGAUACAUGGACAUAUGGACAUGUACAACAGGGUCAAUGUGAGCCGACUCUUUGGGCUUUAAAUGUAAGGCUGCCAUCAUGCCAACGGCCAGAGAAAAAUUAUCACUCCAUUAUUCUUUUCGUUCAGCCAUUGUAGUCCUCAACAAUGUGGUCUCUUGCUACCUCUUUAGCCACAGUUGGCUCCCUGUUGUCAGUUGCUGAUGCCAUAUCUCGCGUGACCUCAUCCAUCGAGGAAAACGGAUCGCAAUACUUGGGGUUCAACGGCACGAUAUCAGCCAAAACAACCUAUCCAUCAUCCGGAUCUUGCGACGAGACCUUCGGUCCUUUCGCGAAAUCAUAUUUCUAUGUUGGAUUGAAUCCACCAUGGGACAGCAAUCCCUUCUUCUUUGAGCUGUACCAUCUCGCUUCUGAAGGCAGCGGUGGCCCUGUCACCUUCACGAAGGACGACGUGUACAACCUCGACUUCGGCUCCUCAGGAUACGUCUGCUAUAGCGAGGGCAAACCCUGUGGCUACUUUGAGACCGUCUGGUACUACCAGUCCGAGAUUCUCCUCGACUUGACGAAAGCCGCCGUUAAGAAGACGAAGGUCGGCAACGAAGAUGGUUACGAAAUAUCAGGUGACCAAAAGACCUAUCUCAAGAACGAGACAGAGAGACAAUCGCUCAACAGAGUCGAUGUUGACAGCGAAUGCGGUCAGUUCAAUUGGAACUACGACUUCUCCAUAUGGAACGAGACCUCAACAUGGUCCUACACCUUCUCCUUCUCCAACACCACCGCUACUGGCUCCAUCAAAACCACUCUCGGCGAAAACUCCAUGGAGAUCACGUACACGGGCGAGCGCAUGACCAACGCAACCGAGCACCCCAACAUCGAGCUCGUCUCCACCGACGACUCGAAGCCGCAGUUCCGCUUCAGCAACGACAGCGACAUCCACUUCAAGAAUUCUACCCAUGGAGAGUGGCUGGUGUCGGCGGAGGAGUUCCCCGCCGAGUCGUCGAGCUCGAGCAGGGCGGGCUUCGCGGCGCCGACUUCGACGACCAGGAGAGGCGGCGCGACGGGAACGGGAACGGCGGGCGUGACUAGUCCUACUGGCACUGGCGCGGCGGAGGUGUUGAAGGCGUCGAGUGGUAUCAUUGCGCCGCUGCUUAUGUUGGGUGGGUUCUUUGCUUUGUAGAGAUCUUUAAUGGGUAAUGUAGGGGAGAGCAUGGGAGGUGUAUUUAUUAGCAUGAACCAUAGUUCUACUCUUUAAUGUACAUUGCACCGCGCCAUUUCAUGUCAUUUGUUUCUGAAUUCUAUUAUGAGAUAAAAAUAAGAG